UUGGAUCAAUGUUUUCAAAAAUACGUACCCGUUUUGUUGAAUUUAAUUUUUGAAGAUGAAAACAAUUUAAACAAAUUAAUUCCGCUUAGGACUGCUGUUUCACAAACUAAAUUAAAUAUGAUUACUCAACUUUGCUUUAUUUUGGAUACAAUAUUACCUUUAGUUUCAUCAGACAAUAAUGAUUCGAACAAAGUCGGCCGUAAAAGAACUGCAAUGACUAGCAAUGAUAUUGCUAUUCCAUUGACUUCAAUGAUUUCGUUUGUAGCUGGUAUGGGAGUGUUAGAAGCCGUUUUUAUCCAAGCUCUAUAUUUAUCACUUGGUGCGUUACUAACUGAUGUAACAUCUCGUCAUAUAUUUGAUGAAAACGUUAAAAAAUUAUCUGGUUUUGUAAAUGUUCCUAAUGCUCACGAACGGUUAAAAAAAAAUUUGAAAUACAUACCUUCCGAUGAGCCUACUUGGUAUGACUACUAUUUAGAUUUUAAUACGUUGGAAUGGAUUUCGUGGAAAAAGGCAAUCCCAGAGUAUAUUCAUAACGAUACGAUUACGUUUAACGAUAUACUUGUUCCCACAGUGGAAUCUACAAGAUUGGUGUGGAUAUUAAAAUUAAUAAACGAAUAUUAUUUUAGGAGUGCAAUAUUUAAAAAGGUUAAACGCCCUACAAUUAUAGUUGGUGACAUGAGUUCUGGAAAAACAGCAACAAUGAAAUAUUUCAUACGUAAUCUUGAUCAGAAACAUUAUAUUAAAAUGGCGUUAAAUUUAUCUGCUAGAACUUCGUCAUUAGAUGUUCAACAAAAUUUAGAAACAAAUUUGGAAAGGCAUUCUAGAAAAACAUACGGUCCACCAAUUGGGAAGCGAUUAGUUUAUUUUAUCGAUGAUUUAAAUUUGCCUCAAAUGGAUGGAUGUGGCACACAACAACCUAUUGCAUUAUUGAAAAGUAUAUUUGAUAAACAAGGAAUGUACGAUAGACACAAAUGUUUCGAUUGGAAAGAGCUUGUGGAUAUAUGUUUUUUCGCAGCCAUGAAUCAUAUAGGAGGUGGUCGGAAUGAAUUAGAUACACGUUUUUUGUCACUAUGUUCAGUUUUUUCAUUACCGUUUCCAUCUGAAGAUACGAUUCAAUAUAUUUUCAAUUCAAUUUUAUCUGGACAUACAAAAUCCUUUACGGAAAACAUAAAAUCUGCAGUUCAUAAUAUUAUAAAUAUGACAGUAAAUUUAUAUAAAUUGGUACUUAAAAACCUUCAUCAAACACCAGAAAAAUUCAUUUAUGUAUUUAAUUUGUGUCACAUAAGUUUUAUCGUUAAUGGUAUGACCCGCAUAUUGCCCAACACAUUUACGACUACAGAGUCCUUUGUACGAGUUUGGAGGAACGAGUUCACCAGAGUGAUAUGUGAUCGAUUAAUUUAUCAACAAGAUCGAGAAAUGAUUGAACGUCAUCUUACUCAAGAACUAGAAUCGUAUUUUCCUUUACAAAUGGAAUAUGUUCUAAGAGAUCCUCUAUUGUUCGGUGACUGUAGGAAUGCUGUUAGUGCAAACAAUCAAAUACGAAUAUAUGAAGAUUUAAUAGAUUAUGAUUCUGUAUUUUAUUUAUUUCAAGAAAUACUUUUAGAAUAUAAAAAAUAUCAUGGUUUAUUAGAUAUGAUACUUUUCAAUGAUGCAUUAGAUCAUUUAAUAAGAAUUUAUCGUAUGCUUAGAAUAGAUAGAGGACAUGUUCUGUUGAUCGGUUCUAGUGGAAAUGGAAAAAAAUCACUUUCUAAGUUAGCUGCAUUCACAUCUGGCUAUGAAAUAUUUAUAAAUAAUUCAUUUCAUUCAAAAAAAGAUUUUAAAAUGAAUGAAUUAAAGUUUAAACAAGAUUUGAAAAAUAUAUUUUUGAAUGUAGGAGUAAAAAACCAGCCUACUGUUUUUAUAGUUGACAAAGUUGAUGUUAUUGAAGAAGGAAUUUUAGAAUUUAUCAAUAAUAUAUUGACGAAUGGAUUUGUGCCUUCAUUAUACUUAGAUAAAAAAGAGAAUUUAGAAAUCGUCCAGCGUCUUAAAGAAAUAAAUAUUAACACAUCGAGUGAACUCACUACGAACAUUUGUUGGGACAUGUUCUUGAAAAAUUGUCUAAAUAAUCUUCAUAUUGUGCUGUUAAUGUCGCCUGGAAACAACCUUAGAUUGAUAUUUCGAAAUUACCCUGGUUUCGUGAAUAAAACUUAUGUUGACUGGAUUAAUAAAUGGCCCGUGGAGGCAUUAAAUGCUGUGGUGGAAAAAGUUUUGAUAAACGAUCAAAUUAUUUCAGAUGUUUACGUUAAUAAUGUAAUAAAGCAAAGUGUUUAUAUGCAUGAAUCUGCAGAAGUCUACGCGAAAACAUUUUUCAAGCAUACAAAUCAAAAGAUUUAUUUCACAUUGAAACACUUAGUAGACUGUACUCAAACUUAUAAGAAAUUAGUUAAAAAAAAAUCGAGUUUAUCAAUAAUUAAGUCUCAACAAAUCCAGAGUGGAUUAAAAAAAAUAGAAGAGAGUACUUUAGAUCUCGAUAGAAUAAAUAAAACAUUACUUGAGCAAGAUUUAUCUAUAAUACAUAAGAACGAAAUGUGUCAAGACUUUAUAAAACAAAUUAAUGAAACUCGUAUACUUGUAGAAGAAAUAAAAUUUAUCGUGAAUAAUAAUACUGACAAAUUAAGUUUAAAAAAUGAACAAAUUGUAAACACAAAAAAACAAAUGAAAGAGUUAAUUGAUAAAACAUUACCUGUUUUAAGUACUACUAAAACUUUAUUGAAUGAAAUUAAUUCAGAUGAUUUAACAGAAUUAAAAUCUCUAGACACACCAUCUGAAUCAGUUAUGACUUUACUUGAAUGUGUAGCUAUUUUAAAAGGUCUUAAAGAUAUGAAUACAUGGAAAAGCUUAAGUGAUAUGAUUGAAGAUCCAAAUUUUCUAAAUAAUUUACAAGAAUUGGAUGCAAAUAAAAUUAAUCAAAGACAGCAAACUCAAGUACGAACAAAGUUAAAAUUUUUGAAAAAAACAAUUGAUAUUCAAACUAUUAGCAAAGUGGAAUGUAGCUUAUUAAAUAUUAUUGAGUCUAUUUUAAAAUACUGUCAUAUUUAUCAAGACAUUAUACCAUUAAAAAGUAAAAUAAAUAAAUUUGAGAAAGAUUAUCUCAACUCUACUUUAAAACUAAAAGAACAAGAAGAUAGUUUAGAAAAUACUCUAUGCACUAUAUCAAAUUUAGAAAAAUCUUUAGAUGACAUAUCUAAGGAAAAUAUUGAACUUAAAAAGGAAAAUUGUAAAUUGAAAAUUAAAUUUGAAUAUGCUGACAAGGUUAUAAAAGAACUAAAAUCUGUAAACGAAAGAUGGAUUAUAGAUUUAGAAAAUCAAACCAUAAUAAAAAAUAAAAUAAUUGGUAAUAGUUUACUGAAUGCUUCAUUUUUAGUCUACGCUGGUCCAUUUUCAUUAGAAUAUCGUGAAAGAAUCAUUUUUAAUGAUUGGUACAAUCAUAUUAUUGAUUUGGGAUUACCAAUUGACUUGAACAUUGAACUAGAAAAAGAACUAAUUGAUGAAAAAGUGAUAUAUGAGUAA